AGGAGACAGCUACAGUGAUCCAACUAAACCAACAGGGGAUUUUCAUCAAUACUUUUCUGAUGUAAAUCAUGGUGCAGAUUAUUAAAGACAUGAAUGAAUUUAAAACAUUUUUGACAGCUGCUGGACAUAAACUUGCAGUGGUUGAAUUUUCUUCAACAUGGUGUGGUCCCUGCAAAAGGAUGUGCCCUAUUUUUCAUGCAAUGUCUGUGAAAUACCAGAAUGUAUUUUUUGCUAAUGUGGAUGUGAACAAUUCUCCGGAGCUGGCUGAAACUUGUCACAUCAGAGGAAUACCCACAUUUCAGAUGUUCAAGAAAAGCCAGAAGGUAACCCUAUUCUCAAGAAUCAAAAGAAUAAUUUGCUGUUACAGAAGUGGAGUCAUGAGCAACCCGUGUCUUGCAGAUGAUGGAAAUAGGUAGGAUUAACUUUUCAAUCAGGAAUAAAAUUCCUUAAAGCCUCAACAUUUUUGCAGUAUCUCAAAUCAAUAAAUGUUUCACCUUUGUGCAUUUUUUAAACAGAUUUUUGAAUUUUGUGGUGCCGAUGCUAAAAUAUUGGAAGCCAAGAUUCAAGAAUUAAUGUAAGCUGAUCUCCAAGACAAAAUAUACUUGUGACAUUUUAACAGGAAA